CUCGGUGACUGGGAGACCCGGUGAUGUCACAUUAAGCAGGGAAACCUCACGUGCCUCUGAUGCGCCCUGCAGAAUGAGCCCUAGUGAUCCUCCAGCGAUACUAAACAUCAUCUGAUAAUACACCUAUACCGGAGCGAACGCCGAUUUCUUAAAGGCGCAGUGACACCUGCAUCCUCCUCGCGCGCGUUUGUGCGUCACAUCGAGGUUCCCCUCACAUCUCAUGAACCGACACCGAAUCAACCACCAGAGCAGAAACCGGGGAAAUACUCGACGUUUAACGGCGUUUGGCGGAUGCACGCGAGCGGACGGUGACCGUGUGAGGUGUUGCGGGUUUUUCCUCGUCGCGUUCGGGUGGAGUCGAGCCACAUUCUGAAGUCUGACCACUGACACACUUCAGGACUCAAUCAUGAAGGACGGAAUGGCCAAUAACAGCACCGCCAGCAUCUCUCAGGCCCGGAAAGCCGUGGAGCAGCUGAAGAUGGAGGCCUGCAUGGACAGGAUAAAGGUGUCCAAGGCGGCAGCGGACCUGAUGGCGUACUGUGACGCACACAUACGAGAGGACCCGCUCAUCGUGCCCGUCCCGGCCUCGGAAAACCCCUUCAGGGAGAAGAAGUUCUUCUGCACCAUCCUCUGAGGCCGGGCCGGGCUGCAGGUUCUGCCGUGAGGUUUCCACGUCUCUGGCUGCUGCCGUUGAGCUGUGUUUGAGUGGCAGCCGCCGCGUCUGUUGAUGGUCCGACCCCUCCCGGAGGCCUGUGGGGGUUUUUGGGGGGGAAGUCAAUUAACUGGCAACCCAGUCAGAGCAUCUCAUGUCUCGUUAACUAGGUUUGUUAUUGCUUCGUAAUUAGAGAACAGCCUUUCUCACUGCUUAUGGGAUGAGAGAGAUUUUUUAUGUGUGUAUUUGUUCCAUUUUGCCUCAUUUCAUGUGCCACAGAGGAUGUGAAGCCCUGACGGGUGGCCGUUUUAUAAUGUUAUUUAGACAUUUUUUUAAUAAAACUAUGCUAUAUUUGAUAUGCGCUGCCCGGUCAAAUGUUUGGACACACUUGAGCGAAUCUUCAGAAAAGGCUUCUGCAUUGAUAAUUGAAAUUGGUGAUAAAUUGAUUGAAUUUGUUUACAAAACUGAAAUUUGAUCAAAACAUUCAAACUUUUGGAGUGGAUAGUGAAAUAAAAGCAUGUUUAAAAGCAUCCCAGGAUGAAUUUGGUUGAUGAACGAUAAAGAAGCUCAAAUAUAAAAGAGUUUUGUUUUUGAUCACUUCAUCAAUACAAGUUAUUCAAUAGGUUUCAUUACUUGACUAUUUUCUGUUUAUUACGGAGCCUCGCAGAUGACAUGCAAGAAAAAAAAAUUAUGCAGCAUUUUACUAUUUCAUUCCCUCGAUUUGCUAAAUCUUGCGGACAUUUUACUAUUUCGUUCCCUCGA